AUGGCCUUACCCGAAGAGUUCAUCGAGCGUUUAGCGCUCCACGACGCGGCUAUCUUCUACACUGGAAACACCAUCGCCGUACUCGACAUUGGAAUGCAGAUCUUCAUGUGUAUAUACGGUCUCUCCGCCUUCAUUGGCACGUCUCCCGAGCUAAGGAAAGGUAGACGGCCCUACGUACUCCUGAGCUUCGCGAUCCUUGUUCUCUCUGGUAUCCCUGCUUGUCUGGACCUUGCAAUGGGGUUCAAGGCGCUUUAUGGAACCGGCUCGGGUUUGGAUUAUAUUCGUGCGAGGCAGAGGGGGUAUCAUGAUGCGAUGGCAACUGUAUCGCAGACGUUGUUUCAUGCGUAUGUGGCUUUGGGGGAUGGACUCUUGGUUCUCACCAUCGACGAUAGCUUUGGAGAUGUUAUAUCAUUUGGAAUGACCUUUGGAUUCAUAGGCCUCUCCCUGACCAACAUCGUCCGCAUAAUCUCAAAAACCGCUCGAAGCACCGAACUCCAAGCAGUACGAACCCAGCAAAUAACCAUCGCCUACACCUUCCUCACCGUCUCCCUCAACGUCAUCGCAACCUCACUCAUCGCCUACAGACUCGUCCGCGCCCAGCGCUCCUUCUCCCGCACGCUCCCUGGCCGCGGGAUGCGUGUGUACAGAGCCGCGGCGAGGAUCCUCGUUGAGUCCGCUCUUCCGUUGACGCUUUUUGGGCUUUGCGCUGCUUUGUUUGGGGUUGUGGUUUGGUUCAGGAGGUCCGAGGAGGAUGGGAGCUUGGAUCUUGGGAGUAUGGUUGCUGGGGAUGUGUUUGGGGCGCUUUAUGCUAGUUUUGCGAGGCUGAUUUCGCGUUUUAUCUCCUGGAACUUGAAGGCGCUGGCACCGCAGAUGAUCAUAUUCCGGGUUACGACUGGGCGGUCGUGGCACACUCGAGAUGCUGACCUGCAUACUUCGGUGGACGUUCAGAAUCGACUCUCCCAGCCUAUUUUGUUUAACCAUCAGUCCGUGUCCAUUAGUGUUGGGGACGUUGAGGACGCACGAGGCAUCGGAGAGGGAGGGGUGCAGCACGAUGAUGGGAUACACAAAUCUCGUUUAGAAGCUCCUAAAGAGGUCAUAUAG